AUGCAGUCAGCCACCAGUGUAGAUGAACAGAGGUUGUUGAAGGUGAUAUUCAUAGAUGGUUUGCAGAGUAAAUACCCCUACAUAUGGUUGCUCGAUAACUGUCUGUGUUCUCAGUGUUAUAUCCAUUCAGCUAAUCAACGUCGGUUACUGUUCAGCCAGUUAGAUUUUCAGGCAGCUCCUGAAUCAGUGGCGAUAACCCCAGAUGGAGCGAAUCUCACCGUUACAUGGUCCAAAGAACAUAGCGGUGACUACACCGCUGACUGGUUACGCACACAUCAGUUUGAUUCCUCGAAGCCAGACGAGAUGGGAGAGCCACAGCUGAAUAUAUGGGGCGCUGAAAUGGUGACUAAAAUACCUAUGUUCGAUUUUAAUGACGUCAUGAAUAAUGAUGCUGAGCUAUUCAAGUGGCUCGAUUCGUUGAACACGUCAGGCCUGGCAUUGAUUAAGAAUGUACCGCAGAAAGUUGGGCAAAACGAGCGUAUUGCUAAUCGGGUCUCUUACCUGAGGCCAACGAAUUAUGGGAUCGUUUUUACAGUUAAAAGUAAAAUAGAUGCCACUAAUGCCGCCUAUACUACAGCCAGACUAGGUCUGCAUACUGAUUUGCCAUACUUUGAUCAUACGCCAGGGGUACAAAUGUUACACUGCAUUCAGCAAUGCGAAGGUGAUGGUGGUGACAGCGAGUUCGCAGAUGGUUUCAAAGCAGCGCUUCAGCUGAAAAAUGAAAAUCCCGAAGCGUUUAAGAUACUGUCAACGACCUGGAUGGACUUUUUUGAUAUUGGGACUGAUUACUAUCCAUAUCAUUUGCAUAGACAAGCGAAAACCAUUUGUCUUGGAAGAAAUGGUAACGUGGAACGUGUCUCACACAGCCAGAUUGGUCGAUCUGCAAUGAUGCGUAUUCCAGUGGAACAGGUUGAGGCGGUCUAUAAAGCGUUGAAGGCUUUCGACGACAUUCUCCACCAUAAAGACAAUAUCAUAAAAUUCAAAAUGGAAUCAGGUGAUAUGGUCACUUUUAACAAUACACGGGUACUCCAUGGAAGGUCUGCAUUCAAGAUUGGGCAGAAAGGAAGCCGUCACUUAGAAGGUGGCUACAUUGAUUGGGAUGAAAUCCGUUCUAAACUGCGAGUUCUGAAAGCAAACGCAAAUGGAGACUGA